AUGUCCAAAGUCUUGAUCACCGGCAUCACGGGCUACAUUGGGUUCCAAACUCUAGUCAUCGCUCUUGAAAGAGGGCUCAGCGUGCGAGGUGUCGUUCGCCACCACCGCAACAUCUCGAAACUGCAGAGCCAAAGCGCACUCAUUGCUGAAUGCUAUGAAAAAGGACAAUUACAGUUUGCGGUUGUUCCUGAUUUUGUAGCCAAAGGGGCAUUCGACAAUGUUCUGGACGGUGUCACUGCGAUAAUACACCUUGCAUCGCCGUUGGCGGUUGAGAGUGAUGAUUUUGAGUCGGCAAUCAUUGACCCAGCGGUAUCCAUGGUGAACUCUGUGCUUGAAAGUGCAUCUCGAGUGCCCUCCGUGGAGCGUGUUGUCAUCACAUCAUCUUGCGUCACUCUGAUUCCAUUUGAGUGGAACUUCAACCCGGACAACGACAGACUGUAUACAUCCGAUGAUAUCAACAACAACCCCAAAAGGCCAUUUUCCAACUCAAUGGAGGCAUACUGGGCAUCAAAAGCGCUUGCCCGGAUGGCAACCCGCGACUUUGUCCUCCGCAAGAAUCCUCAGUUCGACUACAUCAAUCUCUUGCCCUCGGUGGUCAUCGGGCCGGACCAACGCAUCUCUAAAAACGCCGAGUCCCUUUUGGAGGGCACAAGGGCUGCAGUGCUCGCACCAGCCCUGACAAGCUCUCUCAACUCCUCAUUUCCAUACGUCGGCGUACCUGUGCAUGUCGCCGACGUAGCGCGCGCCCACGUCGAUGCGAUUGACAAAUUGCGUGUUCCGGGGAAUACAGAGUAUAUCUUGUCGUCUGAUACGCCGGAGGGCGUUGAGUGGGAUAGAGAUGUUCGGAAUAUUUGCGAAAAGUACUUUCCAGAUCAAGUUAAGAGUGAAGUGCUUCCCCUGCAGGGCUCGCUGGCCGCGAUCAAGUGGCGUCUUGAUGGGGCUGCGACGGAGAAUGUGUUUGGAUGGCGGUUUACGAGUUUUGAAGAGACGAUGCGGCAGCUGGUAGCUCAGUAUCUCCAUUUGAAGAGUCAGGAGUAG